AUGUCAAACAAUCUUCUUAAUGCUGCACUUAAUGCUUUAAUGACUAGCCAAAAUGUUGUUUCGGAAAGCGAAUUUAAAACAAAACAAACCCGAGGUGAUCCUGGUCUUUAUCAACGGGUUGACUUGGCUUCAUUUCAUCAAGUAAAUCUUAUCGGUGGUAAUGUAGGCACUCACUCAGACCAGAAGUUAGAACCCAAACAUCAAGACAUGACGAUUAAUGUGAAAACUCUUACCGGUAGACACAUUCCAGUACCUAUCAGUAGCCUUUCGACCAUUCUAGAAUUGAAAAAUAAAAUUGAAGAUAAAGAAGGCAUUCCACAAGACCAACAACGUUUUAUUUUCGAUGGUAUGCAAUUGGGUGAAUUUAAAACGCUCUCUGACUAUGGUAUCAAAAAUGAAGAUACGGUGCACCUUGUUUUACGUCUUCGUGACGGAGAUCGCAAUGUAAUUAGUUGCUUGAGUUCUGAUUUUUUGGAUCCAAGUUAUAAUUGUGAUUUUACAAAUGUUAAUGAUGGAGCAACUGUACAUAUACGUGGUGGUGUUCCUUAUCAACGUCCAUGUGGAUGGCAACGCCAUGCUUUAAAGGUUUCUGGGAAGUAUGAUAAUGGUAAUGACCAAUGGCUUGGUACUGGAGCGAAUGCCUGGCCGGUAUCAUAUCAUGGCACGGCCAAGCAUAAUGCGCAAUCAAUUGCUGAUGCUGGAUCCUUAUUGAGCAAAGAUAAACGUUUUGAUUUUUGUUAUGGUAUUUAUACCACACCAAGUGUGAAUGUAGCUGAAUUGUAUGCACCGGAAUUUGAGUUUGGGGGGAAUAAAUAUAUCAUCAUAAUUCAGCAUCGAGUAAAUCCAAAGAACUUGGAAAAGAUUAAAAGUACAACCGGUGCUAAUGAUUGUUGGAUUUCAAAGAGUGGCGAAGAUGUCAGGCCAUAUGGGAUUUGUAUCAAAAAAAAGAAUUAA